UUCUGCCAAAAGUUACGUAGGGGUGCCAACAACCGACCAAAGCCAGCAACGACCACUUUCCCCUACUACCAAAAUACUAAAACUUUGAUGUAAUAAAAUCAUUGCUUUAUGCCCUUACGUAAAGUCAAACUUUCUUGAAAUUUUUCUCGCAAAAAGGUAUGUAACCCCUUGUAUAAUUUGAAUUCCAUAAAUCCCAUACCAUAAAAAAUACCCAACCUGUAAAAGAACAGCGCAACUGAAGUGAUCACACAGCGAGAGUUUAGUUUGCAAGACUGCAUCAUACCAAUAAACCGAAAUCGAUCACUAUACAACCGCUGCACUAAAACAAUUACAAGUAGUGCGAGACAGAAGGAGCGUUUGCGAGCCAAAAAACCCCUAUUUUCAUCAUUCUAAUAGAAUAUCAACAAAGUAUGAACAGCGAAUGUGACUAACUUUCGCAUGACUUCUUCAAAACCUACUCCAUUAGCGAAAUGUUUAUGGAAAUGAUCGGUUAAACCAUGGCAGAAAAAAUCCCCUUUCAAUCUCACUGGUUAUAUAAUAUACCUCGCAAGCGAACGAUAACACAGUUUUCAACGUUGCCUAGAGCAAAAUGCAUUUCGCCGCAUUUAUUUCGAUUGGAAUUAUUAUUUCCAACAGUGUAGUAGCAGAUAGUUGUACAAAACCACCUGUCGUUCACACUUCACUUGGUUCUAUCAAAGGAUCUGUUUUGGAAAGUCGACUAGGAAGACAAUUCUUUGCAUUUCGUGGCAUUCGCUACGCUCAACCACCCACCGGAGAGUUACGUUUCCAGGCUCCGAAACCAGUCACCGCAUGGGAAGACCUGCUGGAUGCUACCGAAGAUGGACCGAUGUGUCCCCAGCCAGCCUACAACCGAAGCGAAGUUUCGGAAGAUUGCCUCCGCCUCAAUGUAUACACUAAGCAAAUCCCAGGAGAAUUGAUUCGAAUUCGCCCCCAGAGCGUGCUGGUUUACAUUCAUCCCGGAGGAUUUUACGCUUUCUCUGGACAGAGUCGGAACAACGCAGGUCCGCAGUACCUCAUGGAUCAAGACAUUGUCCUGGUUACAAUCAACUAUCGGCUAGGUUCACUUGGUUUUAUGAGCACUGGGACGGCAGAUUGCCCGGGGAAUGCCGGUCUGAAAGACCAAGUGAUGGCCCUUCGAUGGAUCCGGGAUCACAUUUCCAGUUUCGGCGGUAAUCCGGACUCGGUCACACUGAUGGGAUAUAGCGCAGGAGCGUUAAGCUCGGCGCUACAUUUGAUCUCGCCCAUGUCCCGCGGACUAUUCCACCGGGCGAUCGUAAUGAGUGCUGCGGCAACCAGUCAAGUGGAUAUACCAACCGAUCAAAUCGAACUUGCUCGUAAACAGGCUGCUCUAUUGGGAUGCGAAGUGACACCCACAGAGAAAAUGGUUGCCUGUUUGCGCCAGAAACCCGCGACGGAGUUCGCCGAUAGCUUGGAGUAUAUGUUUGUGAUUUCGUGGAAUCCAGUGCUGCUGUGGAAGCCGGUAGUUGAGCCAAACCUGGGACAGGAACGUUUCCUCGAUCGAGAUCCGACAGAGGCAUUCUUGAAAGGUGAUUUCAUGAAGGUGCCGAUAAUCGCCGGAAUAACAAAGGACGAAUUUGCUGGCCCUGCAGUGGCAUUCUUGAAAAAUGAAACGCUUAGAAAUGAGCUAGAUCAAAACUUCGAUACUCUUGCACCAGUUCUGUUCCUGUAUGAAAGGCACACUGAGGAGUCCAGAAACAGGAGCAAACUGUUGCGAGAGAAAUUUCUUGGCGAUGAAAGCCUUAGCCUUAGCAAUUCGUUGACGGGGUUGAAUUAUCUCUUCGCCGACAGCCUAAUUGGAUUCGCAAUGCAUCGGUUCAUACAACUGGCAUCCCGUCAUACGACCGUUUAUCAGUAUAAAUUUUCUUACGUUGGACGAUACAGUUUCUUAUAUUAUCCGGACGAUAAAACACCAUACGGAGCGGUUCAUCAUGAUGAUCUACUGUAUCUGCUAGUCAUUCCAUCAAGGGCACCUAUUUUCAAUGUUACUGAUCCGGAAAAUUCAACCGUUGAAAGGGUUACCGGAAUGUGGAGCACCUUUGCGAAAACCGGAAAUCCAAACAAAGCCGAUAAAAUAUCAAUGCCGGAUUGGAUUCCCGUUAGCAGCACCGAGGAUCACUACCUAAACAUCGGGCAGGAGCUGGUGAUGGAAAGAGGACUUUUCACUGAGCGAUUUGCUUUCUGGGACCAACUGUUUCCAAUUCCCUCAGUGAAGAAUGAUUGAUGCAAACGAAAAUCUUGGAAUCUACCAUUGAAUAACUUUUCUUCUUAACAUUGAACGCUAUCUGCGGUGGAUCAGCUUUCGCGAACCGAAAAGCAACCCCAAUAGGCCACUUUCAUAAUUAAUUCCAAAAUAAAUUAACCCAAAAAAUUCGAAAAUAUUAAACUCGAAGCAACAGCUCAUGUUUUAAAGAAGGCGUAAUCUCCAAGAAAAUGUAUAAAAUCAAACGGAAAUAUAAUUUAUAUUUUUUUUUGCUUA